UGGGGGCUCGGCGAGGGGGCGCGCCCGUCAGUGAGAGCAGUGUUGAUGUGUCGCAGAUUUAAAAGAAGUCAGAGAGACGGGCGCACCGCGGCCCGGUGUGCUUGUGUGUGGAAAGUGCUAGAGAUCAGCGGGUUAGAAGCGGAGUUAAAAACAAGGGAUUCCCUCCUGUUCUGAGUGUCCGUCAGACAGAAAAAGAGCGGCGGUGUUUAUCCUUCUUCUUCUACAUCCUCUGCUUCUUCAUCUUCCUCGUCUUCUUCUUCUUCGUCUGCGCCUUCUUCUUCUUCUUUUAUUUAAGCAGUUCUAGAAAAACAGCGGAGACUCCGAGUCGCGUCCUGUCCCUGUUUUGAGCGUGCGGAGCAGUGUUGCCGCGGAGCAAUGGAGCUGUCAUCAAUAGGAGAUCAAGUGUUCGCAGUUGAGUCAAUCACUAAGAAGAGGAUUAGAAAGGGUAAUGUGGAAUACCUACUGAAAUGGCAGGGAUGGCCCCAAAAAUACAGUACCUGGGAACCAGAGGAUCAUAUCCUGGACCCACGCCUGGUUCUGGCAUACGAAGAGAAGGAGGAAAAGGACAGAGCUCUGGCCUACCGCAGGAAAGGUCUCAGACCCAGGAGGCUGGUGUUGCGGAACAUUUUUGCCAUGAACCUCCGGAGUGCACACAAGGUCCCAGAGAAGUCCUCCUCUCGACUCCGCCUUUCCCUCACCCGUUCCAUGAGCACCGACGUGGACCAGGGGGAGAGAGGGGGCAUGUACCGGCGCCUGGCUCGACGCAAGAGCAAGCAGAGGUCGUCCAGACGAAGGCCCGAAGGACCCUCCAGCAAACCCCAGCAUGCCAAGAAACGUGAGGAUCCUAUGGAGGAAGGAGAGCCCAUGGAGCGGGACAAGGAAGACUCUGGCAAAAAAGGAAGGCAGGAUACUGAGAGCACCACAGAGACACAUGAAGACAAUCCUUAUGACUCGUCAGAUUUUGCCUCCCCUCUUUCCCCGGAUCGAGAUGAUCCGAACAUCAAACUGAUGUCAGCAGGAAGAACACCUGAGGCACACAUGGUGGAAGUACGUUUGACUGACACGCCAGAUAAAGACACUUCUGAAACCAGACUGAACGCAGCACCGACAUGCGACCAAUUGGAGAACUGCGUUGCAAUGCAGGAGGCGAGACCAACAGGUAACACUGACAGCACGGAUGUCUGGUUAGAUUCAGGAGGCUAUGCAGGCAUUGAGCUACAGAGAGAUCCCAGCGCCACAGCAGCAAUACAUUCAUCAGCUGGCGAGAUUGGGACGGAUGGUUCAAAUCGAAGGUUAGAGAGCAGCGCAUUAGAACCGGAGGUGGGGACUCAGAUCAGGAAGACUACGUCAGUGAUUGUGAGCAUUCAGGGGACCAGCAAGACGACCUUAGAUGACAGUUUUGCAGACUGCUCCGGUGCAGAGACAUGGAAGAGAGGAACAAGGGGUGACAAUCAGAGCAUCGCUGCGACAAAACAUCACCCGGGCAGCAAUGCUAUCGCCGCAAAGAACCCUGGGAAGGUUAUUGUAACGGAUGUGACUAUCAACUCGCUGACUGUGACUUUCAAAGAAGCCACGGUGGCCGAAGGCUUCUUUAAGGGGCUUUGAAUCGAGAAAGAGAGAGAUUGAGGGGGUGCUGAGGAGGGAGAGAAAGAGAACUGUGUGUGUGUGUGGGGGGGGGGUUAGAAAUGGAGAUUAGAUGAUUAGAUUACCACUCAUUUUGUCCAUGUAAAUAGCUGCAUAUGUAACUAAGAUAUUUCCAGAUGUUUACAAAGCUUAUCUAAAGAAGGUUAACACAUAUUGAAGGAUGAAAUUUGCCUUUGAAAAAAAAUGAGUGGUAAUUUUAACAUUGUGGCUUAUAUGACGGAUGUGCGACAGAGAGAGAGAGAGAGAGAGAACAAUUGUUGAGUUGAAGAUGUUAUCGCCUACAUCACUACUUCCAUGCAGCUACUUCUUGAUACUUCUUCGUCCUCUGUGCUUUCCAGGAUAACACUGGUCUCAAACUCAAAUCCUGUCAUCGGGGGCUUGUUUCAAUCGCUCCUUUUUUUUAAAGAAAAGAUGAAGUUUUUUUUUGUAAAGAUAUCCCUCUUUUACAGUAUUUGCACAGUGCUUUCUGCAUGCCCUGCCAGCCGGUGCCACGUGUGCACUAAACCUCUGUCCUGUGUUACCACUGAAAAAGGUUUAUUUCUGUCACAAAAGAAAUAAUUCAAAGGGUAGAAAUAAUAACCUGCCUGGGAAUCGAAGCUCCGUAUUUCACGGAGAAAGGAUGCAUAAAUAGAAGUACACUGUUGUGUUAGCUGUCUGUCCUUUUCAAGUAUGAAACGCUACCUGGUUCUAUUUUUGUAUUACCAAUUGAUAGUGCGCUCUUCUUGCUAGCCUUUGUGUAUUUUAAGAGAGGAGAUUUCAGUUUACACUUGACUAUCAUGCUGCGUAGGGGAAUGUGCAAACGGAGGCCAUGUACAUUAGGUCAAAUGGUAGUGAGCUUUAAUUUAUCGCAUGUCACACGUAUAAGCUAAUUUAAAUUUCGUCAUAUGUUCGAGAUGCUUUCUCUGACCAGGGUGAAUUGUCGAACACGUCUUCUCUAUGAAACGAUGCCUUGUUAUUUUGACUGUAUUUACAAUAAAUAUGUACUAAAACAGUUGCUGCCUGGAAAACGUUUCUAUAUUUCAGUCUUGUUGGAUUAAUACCAAUAAAAUGAAAGUUGUAUAUAUGUCCCAUUUCGAAUGCUGGUUUAAUGGAAUCCCUUUCUAGGGAAAAAGUGCACAACCGAAACCCACAACGGGUUUAUAGACUUUAAAUUAGUUCACUAAUAGUACAUUAGGUAUGGUGAUAGUGUGUCUGGAUUAUAAAAUCUAGCGUAAGGGCGGCACGGUGGCCCAGCAGUUAGCGCUGUUGCCUUGCAGCAAGAAGGUCCUGGGUUCGAACCCCAGGCCCUCCCAGGUCCUUUCUGUGUGGAGUUUGCAUGUCCUCCCUGUGUCUGCUUGGGUCUCCUCCCGGUGCUCCGGUACCCCUGACCAAGGUAAUGGAAAGGAGAGCUGGAGUUGGUCCCCGGGCACUGCAGCUGCCCACUGCUCCUGUACAAUAGGAUGGGUUAAAUACAGAGAACACAUUCAUUGUAACCUGUAAAAUUACAAAAUAAAGUGGCUUUCUCUUUCU